AGAACUUGGAAUACGAGUUCCAUGAGCCAGACCCGGACAGAAAUGCCUGUCCGAAGUCAUUCGACGUGAAUAGAAUUUACAUGCAUCGAACAGGUGUGUAAUGUGGUUUGGAUAAUAUUCCACGAAAUUAAUUGCUCCCCUAAUGAGUGAGUUGAAUCGGGGUGGAAACGGGUUUAGCGAGUUGCCGGUGAUAACGUCACGAACAGUGGUCCCCACAAUAUCUGCCGAAAAAGGGAAGCGCCAAAGGGCACAAUCCCAGUGCUGAGGACUCCACACUUUCCUUGCAAACAAAGCCAGCCAAGUUAUUGUUAGCAAAAACAGACACAGCCGUUCUCUCUCUCUCUCUCUCCCUCUCUCUCUCUCUCUCUCUCCCUCUCCCUGACGCUCUGUAUAUAUAAAUGGUGAUGUGAUCAUUGUGAUGUGAAAAUCCUGAGUGGAAAUCCGCUUUACGAAAAACAGAAACCGUCGCGAAGCCUUUUCUUAGAUGGAGUUUUUGGGGUCGGUUGGGUUGCGUUUGGUACUAUACGUUGCUUUGCUGUUCGGUCUCUGUUUUGCUGGAGACCCAUUUGCCAAAUUCGACUUGGAGCUCUCUUACAUCACCGUUUCUCCUUUGGGUUCUCCUCAACAGGUUAUAGCAGUUAAUGGGAAGUUUCCUGGUCCAACUCUUAAUGUUACUACUAACUACAAUGUUGUAGUAAAUGUCACGAACAAAUUGGAUGAAAGUCUCCUCAUUACUUGGCCUGGAGUGCAAAUGCGUCGUGCUGCUUGGCAAGAUGGUGUUCUGGGGACAAACUGCCCUAUCCCUCCAAUGUGGAACUGGACCUAUCAGUUUCAAGUCAAAGAUCAGGUCGGUAGCUUCUUCUAUUUCCCCUCGCUCAAUUUUCAGAGAGCAGCAGGUGGCUAUGGUUCUUUCGUCAUCAGCAACAAGAAUGAGGUCCUACUGCCUUUUAAUGCCCCGGAUGCGGAUAUUUUCAUUAUGAUUGGUGAUUGGUAUAAGCGAAACCAUACGGCACUUAGUAAGGAUCUUGAUGCUGGAAAAGAACUUGGUAUACCUGAUGGGGUUCUGAUUAAUGGGAAGGGACCUUAUAGAUAUAGUAAUACGCUGGUUCGGGGUGGCAUUGAUCAUGAAACCAUCAAAGUUGAACCAGGAAAAACUUACCGAAUACGUGUGCACAAUGUGGGGGUCUCAACUUGUUUGAAUUUCCGAAUCCAGAACCAUAAUCUGCUUCUAGUAGAAACGGAGGGUGACUACACUUUACAAGAAAGCUUUAGUAGCUUAGAUAUCCAUGUUGGGCAGUCUUACUCUUUUUUAGUUACCAUGAAUCAAAGUGCAAGUAGCGACUACUAUAUAGUGGCAAGUGCUAGGUUUGUGAACCAGGAUCUUUGGCAAAGGGUUACUGGUGUUGCUAUCUUGCACUACUCCAAUUCAAAAGGAAAGGCAACUGGUCCUCUCCCUGAUCCACCAAAUGAUGUUUACGACAAGUCAUUUGUUCUGACCGAGGCAUUGACCAUCAGGCAAAACGCAUCUGCAAGUGGAUCUCGUAGAAACCCUCAAGGUUCUUUUCACUAUGGUUUGAUCAACGUGACUGACACAUACGUGUUAAGGAGCAUGCCACCGGUUGUUAUUGAUGGAAAACUCCGGUCGACGUUUAAUGGAAUUUCAUUUGUCAAUCCUAACACACCAGUUAGACUUGCCGACAAAUUUAAAGUGAAAGGUGAUUACAAGCUUGAUUUCCCAAGCAGGCCACUGAAUGGACCCCCUCGUAGUGACAUAUCUUCGAUUAAUGGUACAUAUAAGGGCUUCGUUGAAAUCAUAUUGCAGAACAAUGAUACAGUUGUGCAGAGCUUUCACAUGGAUGGUUACUCAUUUUUUGUUGUUGGGAUGGACUAUGGGGAAUGGACUAAUGGUAGCAGAAAAUCGUAUAAUAAGUGGGACGCAAUAUUUCGCUGUACAAUACAGGUUUUCCCUGGGGGAUGGACAGCAAUUAUGGUCUCUCUCGACAACGUUGGAGUGUGGAAUCUUAGGACAGAAAAUCUUGAUAGAUGGUACCUUGGCCAAGAGACGUAUAUGAGAAUCGUAAAUCCUGAAGAAAACAACACAACAGAAUUGGCUGCACCUGAUAAUGUCCUUUACUGUGGUGCCCUUGGAUACAUGCAGAAGCCACAGAGAACCUGUUCUUCAGCAUCAACUGUUGGUGCACAAUCAAGACUGGAUUUCACUCUGCUGAUUCUGUUUUCUGCUGCCAUUUUAGUUAUGUGGUAGUAUUUGCUUGAGUUACAGUUUUAGUUGUAAGAUAGUAGGACUAGUUGUCAAGAGAAGUACUUUCAGCACAAAUUUUCAUUUGUUUUGUUUUACCCACGUCGUCGGUAUUUGGGUGUACCCAUCACUUGUUAUGUGACAAAGUUGCAUGCUGGUGAAGAUUCACCCACAUUUUUCAA